UGAGCAAGAGUGGAGCUCCCAAGUAAAGCUUUGCUUCUUACCUUUGAGUUGAUAUUUUUUGCUUCAAAAUUCUGUUUCAAUGGCUCCAGUACCAGUUUUUCCUAUAAACGUUGGUCAUAUUGAUGAUGUUCAGGAACUGAGAAAGGCCAAACCAACCACAAUUCCUGAAAGAUUUGUUAGAGACGUAACUGAUAGGCCAAAAAUGGCCACAGAAUUAUCAACAUCUACUGACAUUCCCAUUAUCAACUUCUCAAAGCUCCUCAAAGGCAACCCAGAUGAAUUUCAUAACGAAAUUUUAAACCUCACUGCUGCCUGUGAACAGUGGGGAUUCUUUCAGGUGAUUAACCAUGGGAUUGAUCUGAGUUUACUUGAGAGCAUAGAGAAGGUGGCCAAAGAUUUCUUCAUGCUGCCUUUAGAAGAGAAACAAAAGUACCCCAUGGCUCCAGGCACAGUUCAAGGAUAUGGCCAAGCUUUUGUCUUCUCAGAAAGCCAAAAAUUAGACUGGUGCAACAUGUUUGCUCUAGGGGUUGAACCUCACUACAUAAGGAACCCAAAACUGUGGCCUGAAAAGCCAGCAAACUUCAGUGAAACUCUGGAGAGUUAUUCAAAAGAAGUGAGGAAACUUUGCAAGAAUCUGUUAAAAUACAUAGCAAUGAGCCUGGGUUUGAAAGGUGAUUUGUUUGAGAAAAUGUUUGGGGUGGCUGUUCAAGCUGUGAGGAUGAACUACUACCCUCCAUGUUCAAGACCAGACCUUGUUUUGGGUCUUAGCCCACAUUCAGAUGGAAGUGCUGUCACAGUGCUGCAACAGGGAAAGGGUAGCUCAGUAGGACUGCAAAUUCUCAAGGACAACGCAUGGGUUCCUGUUCAGCCUAUUGCAAAUGCACUUGUUAUAAACAUUGGUGACACCAUAGAAGUUUUAACAAAUGGCAGAUACAAAAGUGUGGAGCACAGGGCAUUGACACACAAAGAAAAAGACCGACUCUCAAUUGUCACAUUCUAUGCCCCUAGUUAUGAAACAGAGCUUGGCCCUAUGCCUGAAUUGUUGGAUGAAAACACCCCAUGCAAAUAUAGAAGAUAUAAUCAUGGAGAGUACAGUAAACACUAUGUAACCAACAAGCUGGAGGGCAAGAAAACCCUGGACUUCACCAAGAUUCAAAUUGACAAUUCUGCUUGAUUAUCCAGACUCCACUGGCUCCUCUGUUAUUAAGAUAAACUUUAUGUGCAUUUCGUUUUGGGUAUUCAAUAAGAUACUUAAAUGAUGUGUUAUCAUGUGAUUUAGUUUUA